AUGACGGCCACUACCGACGCCCCCGCCGCGCCCAUCGACAUCCUCCUCGUCGGCUUGGGCUCGAUCGGCACAGUGUACGCGCUACUCCUAGAAAAGAGCGGCCGCGCGCGCGUGACUGCCGUCGCGCGGUCGAAUUACGAGCUGUACACCACGACAGGCGUCAAGAUCGACAGCGACGCCCUGGGUGUCAUUGAGGGGUGGAAGCCGUACCGGGUCUUCAAGUCCCAGGAGGAAGCCCUCGCCGACGGGACGCGCUACGCCCUCGGCCUGCUCGCGACGAAGGCCCUGCCGGACAUUACGCGCUCGUCCGACCUGCUGUCGCCGGCCAUCGCGAGCGGGCGGGUCGCGGCGUGGGCCUUGAUCCAGAACGGGCUCGGCGUCGAGGGUGACCUCUCGGCGGCACUCCAGCCCCUCGGCGUGCCGCUCGUGUCGUCCGUCGCGUGGAUCGGGAGCACGACGAGCGACGGCGGCAAGCUCGUCACCUGGCGGCAGAAGGACACGCUGGUUGCGGGCGUGUACCCGCCCGCCAAGGCGUACUCGGCGGCCGAGAGCGCCGCGCUCGAGCUGUGGACUUCCCUGCUCAAGGACGGAGGGAGCAACGCCCACAGCACCGACAACAUCGACUCGGUGCGCUUCGGCAAGAAUAUCUGGAACGCGGUAUGGAGCAGCGUACAGGGCCUGGUGGGCACGCCAACGCCCGGCCUGAAAGAGUUUGCGGCCGAGGACCUUGCGCCGCUGCGCGCGUUCGCGCGCGAGGUCGUGUCUGUCGGGUUCGAGACGGGGCUGCUGGUGCCUGGCGCACCGUCCUACCCCUACGGCGGCAAGGUCGGCACCGUCGACGAGACGCUCAAGACCGUGUUUGACGGCGUGAUCAACCAGCCCGUUGGGCCGAGGGGCGGGUACAAGAUGAGCUUGCUUGUCGACGUGGAGAACCGCCGCCCGAUCGAGGUCGAGGUCAUCACUGGUGCGGUGCUGCGCCUCGCGAGACAGCACGGCAUCGAGACCCCGCUCCUGGCCUACACUUACUCCCUGCUCCGCGGCGUGCAGAACGGGAUCCUCGCCGAGCGCAAGCAGAAGGACGUCGGCGUGUAG